AUGAAAUCUAGCGCUUUUUGUGUUGUCCUAGAGCUGAAUGAGUUUUUUUAUCUGGCAGCACUGCCCAAAAACCCUCUAUUAAGAAGUAACUUUCCUUUCAGUUUUAAACGCGUUCAGUUCCCAGUUACAGUGAGCGUGUGUUAUGCGAUGACCGUAAAUAAAGCGCAAGGUCAAACUUUACGCGUUGUAGGAGUGUACCUCAGUACUGACUGUUUUGCUCAUGGCCAACUCUAUGUUGCUUUUUCCCGCGUUAGUAGCCCCCGUAACCUUUUUGUGUACACCCCGGCUAAGCCUACUUCUAACGUCGUUUACACAGAAGCUCUAUCAUAA